AUGGCUGACAAGAGUGUCAUUAAUAGUACUGUAAAAUGCAAUACUACAAUGUUUAUGAAUUUUCUGCGUUAUUCAAUGCCAGCUUCAGUAUCAAUAGAUAUAUAUCGGCAAACAUCAACAGAAUCGAAACUAGCUUACGAAGUUAUUUAUAUGACAGUGGCUUCACUACAAUUUACAAUGUCUAUCUUCUUCAAUUUACUAACGCUUAGAACUGUAUUACAGAAAAAAAUACGAAUUACAUCAUGUGGAAUCUAUUUAUUAUUCUUUACUUUGGCAAGUUUAAUUGGAAUGAGUAUUUUCUACCUACGAAUUAUUGUAACAUUAUAUUUUAAUGAUGAAUUAGAAAAACAUAAUUUAAUUCAUUGUCGUUUAAGUUCGAUGAUCUUAAAUUGUGCCCAAAUUUUGUGUUUAUGGAUUGGAGCCUUUAUAUCAGUUGAACGAGUGUUGAUAGAAUGUUUUCAUUUUAGUAUUUAUCGCUCCCGAAUUUGUGCUAUCAUAAGUUCACUAUUAAUUUUACUUCUAACUAUAGCAUCAUGUAUAACAUGGUUUUUAGGCACACAAUAUGCAAUACAUCCGAUUAUUCCAACUAUGUAUCUAUGUAAAAUGCGACAAUUACAAUCAACUUGGAUAUUAGUAGAUGAAAUUUUUACCACACAAACAUUUGGAUUUUUAUUCUAUAUUUAUUCGUCGAAUGUAUACAUGAAUCGAUAUCAUGAAGCGUGGAUAAUGAAUUGUACUAAAUUUAGACAUCGUAGCGCGCAAUGCUGUGCUACAAUCAAAUUAAUGAAAAUUUCAAUUGAUAAUGUAAAUAAUUCAUCAAAUAUAACUGCUGAGUAA